GGCCAAAAGUGAAGGUGCGGCGGGGGGGUACUGUUCGCUCGCGUUUUGGUGACGCUUGUGUUGCAAGUUAUCGCGAAAUGGUGUUGCGGACGAGGUAUAAUUAGUGAGCGUGAUCAGUACUAAAAGUUUCCUGCAUUUUUGCCACACGGGUUGGUGGCAGGGAGGUUCCGUCCCGCCUGGCACCGGGUCAAGGUCAGGCGCGGGGAACCCGCGUGUGUCAGUUCCGAGCUGGUGGCGCUCCGUGCCGGUUGUGCCCGCUCGCCGCCGUCCGCGUGGUCCAGUGGUGGUGCCUAUCACGCCCGUGCAUCGCUGUGUGGUGAGCGAAUUGUGGCGUGUGCCCUUCUAGGUCUAAUUUCUGUUUCGAUAAUUCCGUCCGAGUCAUCCAGACAGUGGCCUGCUAGCCUUGGGCCUGCGCUUCGGAAACCGGGAGUGGGAGACUCUCCGCGCUUCCUUGCACAGCUGCUGCAGGUGCAGGUGUGCGCGCGCGGCGGCCGACGAGCCGAGCUGCGCCGUCCCGCCGGCGGCACCGGCAGACUGUCGGCGGCGGCGGCAGCUGACAGCGGGCCAUGGCUGGCUACCGGCCGGCCGUACACGUGGUGCAGCUGCGGCCGGCUGUCGUGCCCGAGGAGCUGCAGCGCGGCGACAAGUUCAUCCGGUGGGACGAGGACUCGGCCACCGGUGUGCCGGUGACCCUGAAGGUAGACCCCAAUGGGUUCUACCUCUACAUCGUCGACCAGAAUAAGGAGGUGGAGCUGCUCGACAUCAUGACCAUCCGUGACACGCGGACGGGACGGUUCGCCAAAACGCCCAAGGACCAGAAAGUGCGGGAAGUCGUCACCAUGGGCAGCACGGGCAACCUGGAGGACAAGACGGUCACCGUCUGCUACGGGCCCGACGUUGUCAACCUCACCUUCGUCAACUUCUGCUGCCUCAAACCCGAGACGGCCAAGUUGUGGUGUGACGAACUGCUUAAGAUGGCCUACAACCUGUUGUCCCUGCACGCCAGCGUCGCCUCCCUGCUCCAGAAGGCCCACACGCGCAUCUGGCUGGACGUCGACAAGUACGGCCGCAUCCCCGUCAAAAACAUCGUGAAGUCCUUCGCCAGUAACAAGGAGGACAGGAAACGUGUGGAAAAGGCCCUCGAGUCCAGUGGCCUCCCUUGUGUCAAGAGUGACACCAUAGAGCAAGACAAGUUCACCAUGAAACACUUUCUGGCGUUCUACAUGCACCUCACCGGCCGGCGAGAGAUUGAGAAAAUCUUCGACGAGCUGUGCGGCGGCGGCGGCCGGAAGAAGGGCCAGAUGACCGUCCCUCAGGUGGUUGAGUUUCUCAACCACGAGCAGCGCGACCCGCGGCUCAACGAGAUCCUCUACCCGUACGCCGACACGCAGAAGGCGCGAGAAAUUAUCGCCCAGUACGAGCCGAACCGGGCCAACGUGCAGAAAGGGCUCCUCAGUGUGGAGGGUUUCAUGGCGUACCUCAUGAGCGACGACAACGCGGUGGUGGCGCCCGAGAAGUUCGACCUUAGUGACGACAUGGACCAGCCUCUGUCACACUACUUUAUCAAUUCGUCACACAACACCUACCUUACCGGUCACCAGUUCACGGGCAAGUCGUCAGUGGAGAUCUACCGCCAGUGCCUACUGACCGGCUGCCGCUGCGUGGAGCUCGACUUCUGGAAUGGCCGCACCGAGGAGCCCAUAGUGUGCCACGGCUACACCAUGGUCACCGAGAUUCCGGCCAAGGACGUGAUAGAGGCUAUCGCCGAGUCGGCGUUCAAGACAUCCGAGUGGCCGGUGAUUCUGUCGUUCGAGAACCACUGCAAUCCCAAACAGCAGGCCAAGAUCGCCCAGUACUGCCGGGACAGCUUCGGCGACCUCCUGCUCGACUGUCCACUGGAAAACUACCCGCUGGAGGCGGGCUCUCCUCUGCCGCCGCCGACGGCCCUGAGGCGAAAGAUCCUCAUCAAGAACAAGAAGAAGCACCACAAGCAGAAGCUGGUGACGAAGCAGACGUCGGACACGACGUUCCACCUGCCGCUCGAGUCGGGAUCACCGCAGGAGCAGGUACAGGGUAACGGCGACGUAUCCCGCCCGGCCCCUCCGCCGCUGGAGAAGCAGCCCAGCCAGGCGGACGACGAGGACUCUGACGACGCCGGCAGCAGCAGCUCGGACUCGGACGAGGACAGCCUCAGUCCCGAGGAGCGCCGACUGCGCGAGAACACACAGAAAGACUCGGGCACCGCCGGCAAGGAGUCGGAGGCCGGCGCCGAGAUAUCGGCGCUGGUCAACUACGUCCAGCCCGGACACUUUCACAGCUUCGCCGAGGCAGAACGCCGUAACCGCAGUUACGAGAUGUCGUCCAUGGUGGAGACCCAGGCCACCACACUGCUGAAGGCCUUCCCGGUGGACUUUGUCAACUACAACAAGCGGCAGCUGAGCCGCGUCUACCCCAAGGGCACGCGCCUGGAGAGCUCAAACUUCAUGCCGCAGGUCUACUGGAACGCCGGCUGCCAACUGGUGGCGCUCAACUUUCAGACACUCGACCUGGCGAUGCAGCUCAACAUGGGCAUCUUCGAGUACAACAACCGGUCCGGGUACCUGCUGAAGCCGGACAUAAUGCGGCGGCCGGACCGGCGCUUCGACCCGUUCGCCGAGUCGACCGUGGACGGCAUCAUCGCCGGCACCGUCUCCGUCAAGGUGAUCUCUGGCCAGUUCCUCUCUGAAAAGCGCGUCAAUGUGUGGGUGGAGGUGGACAUGUACGGUCUGCCGGCCGACACCGUGCGGCGGCGCUUCAAGACGCGCGUCAUCCAGAACAACGCCAUCAACCCCGUCUGGGAUGACGAGACGUUCGUCUUCAAAAAGGUGGUGCUGCCGGAACUGGCCGUGCUCCGAGUGGCCGCCUACGAAGAGUCGGGCCGGCUGCUGGGACACCGCGUGUUGCCGGUGGUCGGUCUGCGGCCCGGCUACCGGCACAUCAGUCUGAGGAACGAGUCCGGACAGCCGCAGGGACUCAGCACACUGUUCGUCAAGGUGACGGUGGGCGACUACGUGCCUGACGGUCUGUCGGACUUUGCCGAGGCUCUGGCCAACCCGAUCAAAUACCGGGAGAAGCGAGCGCAGCAGCUGCGAGUGCUGACCGACGAACCUGAUGGGGAGGGUCUGCUGGACGACGACCCGGAGAACGCCUCUCUGCCGACCCCGGCCCGACCUCCGCCCACCGAGGAGCCGGGGGUCGGGGACGGAGACGGCGGGGUGAGGGACGGACCGGACGUACAGAGCCCCGGGCAGCCGCCGCCGGCGCGCGGGCCGGCCGCCGCGCCCGGCCAGACCAACAGUGACCCGUCGGCGUCCUCUGCUGGUCUGCUCGGUGUGUUUCCGCUGGUGUUCUGGCAGCGGUUCCUGCAGUCGCGCGGCUACCAGCCGAGCCGACCGGACCACCGGCAGCCGGCCUCAGAGCGGAUGGAGCCUCUGCGUCUCCAGCACAGUCAGCCCAACUCGGUGGAAGAACCCGCCAUACCCGAUUGUCUCCUGAACGCCGUCCCUCUGGACAAACUCUGGGAGGAUAAACUGGUUCGGGAGCGGCGCCAGGAGCUCGACAAAAAGCUGGAGAGCAUGCGGAAAAAGUUCGCCAGGGAGCGGCUGCGACCGCAGGACGCGCCCGGCCCGGCCACCACCGAGAAAAAGAACAGCUUCUCGCGGACCCACUCCAAACUGGUGAAAAAGUUCUCCAACUCGAACAAAGUGGAGGGUCUAAGUCUGGUGGCACCCGACCCGGCCGAUCAGGAGGCUGUGAAAACGUUCUGCCGUCAGGUGGCGGCAGCAGAGCGGGAGCUCACCGAACGCUACAUCGAUAUGAUUCACGACGCGCUGGAUAAGGUGGUUCGCAGUGCGCAGGCGCAGCAACUGAAGAAGCUGGAGGUCUACUAUGACCAGAAGGUGGCCGAGAGUAAAAAGAAGAUCGAGAGCGAGCUCAAGGACGCCAGCAAGCGGCUCGACCGGAAGAGCGUCUCCAAAGACGAACGGUCCAGGUUGCGCCGUGAGAUGUCGCAGGUGAUUGUCAGGGAUGGCGUGCAGCACCGCGAGCGGCUCAACGAACAGGUGCAGCAGGCCAAACAGGCGCUCAGUCAGCAGCACAACCAGGUGCGUCAGCAGGCGCUGGACCGCCGGCAGAGCUGGCGGCAGCGGCUGGACGCCGAACAGACGGCCCGCACCGAUCAGCUCCACACAGAGUGGCUCGACAGCCGGCCAGAGACCAACGCCGCCUGAGCGGGCCGCCGGCGGCACCCACCCUCCUCCGAACCAAAGACUGAUCAGCCAGGGCCGCGCCCAUCAGGGAAGCUGCACGCGCCGCCGCCGCUGCCGCCUCGGGCGCGCCAGCUACCAGUACAAACCUCCGUCGGCUGGCCAGCCGCCUACGCUGCCACCUGUCAGUCGCGCAGCGCACUAGUAUUAUCGGCCCGCUCGACAGAUGGCACUGCGCACAGUCCGGCAGUGUGGACCGCGGCCGCCGCCGGGCUGAAUUGUUCAGUAGGUGAAUUAGGUAACGAAGGCAGUUAGAAUGCGUCGGGUAGUCAUGUGUGUAUGUGUGUGAGAGAGUUGGGGAUUGUAUCACGUUUUAGGGGGCUGAUUGUAUUGCGAUAUUUAGCCUCUGCCCUCCGUCAAUGCCAAUGUUCGAAGAUAGGGUCGCUGGGGAAUGAUUGAUCGCCAAUUUAAUGAUUUGACAGCGCUGUCAGGAGCAGCAGGCGGGCCCGGCUCCAGUAUCACUGCUGUGUGGUCGGGCUCGCGCCUCCACAGCGGCAGCUGCAGCUAGAGAAUGACGUUUAUAUGCGAGCAUUUUACGCGUUGACACACUCGAGGCCCGCGGCCCGAGUUUUGUUAAUUUAUUUUAUCGUUUCGGACCAUAUCUGGACGGCCAUGACAGUCAGGUGCGAUGAUUGAGCGCUUUAUAGUAUGCCCUGCCACUUGCUCGCAAGCGCACGUGAUUUGUUUGAACGAUUUUCUUGCCGACAGACUGGUGCGAACAAACGCACGUGAUUGGCGGCGCCAGCAGUGAUUGUGAUAGUGAUUGCGCCGAUCGAGCUGUUGCGCCGGCGCCGCCAGCCGGCCCGCCGCAGGCUAUACGUUAUUGUGCUGUGAUCUGAAUAUACACUACUAUGAACGUCAAACCGCUUGAGACCCCACUUUUUUGCGAUAAUUUUUAAAUGCGUCAACUUUCGUUGACAAUAUUCUGGCAAUGUAUGUUUCAGAACCUGCCGAAACUUUUAUUGCUAAGGUAUUUUGACGCCAAACGAUUAUGGAAGGUACUUCUCAUUCACUCGUAAUGCUAAGGUCAAUUCAGGCCCGGGCAGAGGCUUGCACUCGGCCACACUCGAGCCCCGCCACCAGCGCCAUCUGCUCUAAAUGCCAUCUACCAGCGCCCGCUGCCGCUACCAGCUACCGACCACCAUCAAGCCUGAAUGGAGCGAGGGACGCGAGUGACCGGUCGCCGGGCAAGGAGCGCCGGAGGGGUAGGGCGGAGCUUAGGGCUGACGUCAUUACGUGGCUCCGCCCCAUGAGCGCGUAGCCUCUACCCAAACAGCAGAUUCGUUCCGUGAAAUUUAACAUUACGAGUGAAUGAGAAGUACCUUUCAUAAUCGUUUGGCGUCAAAAUACCUUAGUAAUAAAAGUUUCGGCAGGUUCUGAAACACACAUUGCCAGAAUAUUGUCAACGAGAGUUUACGCAUUUUAAAAUAAUCGCAAAAAAGUGGGGUCUCAAGCGGUUUGACGUCCAUAGUAGGACAGGCGAUGUGGACAAUCAUUCCUGCGAGACAGAGCGUUAUCAAUGUCCGUGUGAGCUCCUUCGUGUACGUGUCAAUAUAUGGAAACAUAUGACAUGGUA